UCACACAACAUGAUAUGCUGAUUUUGAUGUUCAUUUCACGUUUAUAAUCACCCUGAGUUUGAUUCAUAUCUCCCCUUUGCUGCAAAUUAAAGUACUUCUUUCGUUGUACUUGAGUUUUGUCGUUUACAUUGCCUUAACCCCUACGCCACCCUACCUACCCUACCCUACUCACCUCUUUCCCUCUCUCUAUAUAUUCAUCUGUAUAUCUAUACUUUCUAGUGUGUGAGGGAAAUAUGAGUAGCGUAGAGAGCUGGCCAGAACCAGUAGUCCGAGUUCAGCAUUUGCUGGACAGUGGGAUAAAAGAUAUCCCAGAAUGCUAUGUAAAAAAACCCUCUGAUAGACCAUCUUUGAUCACCGAAUCUGCCAUCAGUGAAAUGAAUAUUCCGGUGAUCGACCUCCAGGACUUGUUCUCAGACGACGACUUGCUCCGCCAGACAACCGCCAGUCUGGUGGACAGCGCCUGCCGUGAGUGGGGGUUCUUCCAGGUGGUGAACCACGGCGUCCACCACCAGCUGAUAGAGGCCACACGCGAGGCAUGGCGUGAAUUCUUCCAUCUCCCACUUGAGGAGAAACAAAAGUAUGCGAAUUCUCCUAGUACUUAUGAGGGGUAUGGGAGUCGACUUGGGGUGGAAAAAGGUGUUUCUUUGGAUUGGAGUGACUAUUUUUUCCUACAUUAUCUUCCCAUUUCUCUCAGGGAUGAGAGAAAAUGGCCUAAACUCCCGGUUUCAUGCAGGGAAUUGGUUGAAAAGUACAGCAAAGAAGUGGUUGAACUUGGUGGAAAACUGAUGAAAAUUUUCUCAACAAAUCUUGGGCUCAAAGAAAAUUACCUUCAAGAAGCAUUUGGAGGAAAUGAAAACAUUGGUGCAUGCUUAAGGGUAAAUUAUUACCCUAAAUGCCCACAACCAGGCCUUACAUUAGGGAUUUCACCGCAUUCUGACCCAGGUGGCAUGACCAUUUUGUUCCCGGACGAAAAUGUAUCAGGACUACAAGUACACCAUAAAAAUAACUGGGUUACUGUUAAACCACUUCCUAAUGCCUUCAUCGUCAACUUAGGAGAUCAGCUGCAGGUGCUCAGCAAUGCAAAUUAUAGAAGUGUGGAGCACAGAGUGAUAGUGAAUGCAGAGAAAGAGAGGGUUUCACUUGCUUAUUUUUACAAUCCAAGGGGUGACAUACCAAUAAAACCUGCAGAGAAGCUCAUCACGGAGGAUAAUGCCCCACUGUAUCCAUGCAUGACUUUUAAUGAAUACAGACUCUAUAUCAGGACUAGGGGUCCUCGUGGAAAGGCUCAAGUGGAAUUCCUAAAAUCCCCACAGUAAUAUGUAAUAUAAUAUAAUAUAAAUAUUUAUGUUGUUGUCUUUAUUUUUCAUGGUUAUGUAUGUUUUCUAUGUAAUGUAUUUCGAGUAUUAUGUUCUAAAGUGUUUAGUCUAAAUGCUCUAUCUUUUGAUUUAUGAAUCAUGAAACGACAGUGUUUUGAUAAUUUUGAAUUUUCCAUCAAGAAUAUAUUAACUUGUCUA